AAGUAUCAGUACAUACAUCAAUCAAUCAAUGCAUUUCCUGUUAUGUUUGCUUUCCAGCAGGUCCUUUAACUCCCCACGUCUUUAAUAGCCAAAUUUAUCUAAAGAACUAACAAUUAGCCCCACAAAAGCUUGAAUAUGGGUUAUUUAUCUCUAGACUGACUCGGGGGGUCGUUUUACACUUGAAAAGAACGGUUUUAAUUGAUACCCGCUAAUAACGUUUCCCGCCUAUAACGUUGCGAAUCCGCGCAAGUGGACCGCAACGUUAUAGGCGGGAUGUACUGUAUCUGCUCAAUUAAAGCGAAUUAUGAAAAUUCAUCUAAUUUGUUCGCCCAGUCAUAGUGAAAUUACUAUUGAUAAAAAAAGAACCAUGCAAAAUAAAUUUAGCGACAAAAGUUCUCCAUGAGUACUUGUCGCAGACAUAACAAAAUCUUUUUCGACUUAUAAUACUUGUCGUUGACUUACAACAUUUGUUGUUGGUCAACGACUUGUUUUUGAAAGUGGACUGUUGAUGUGUUAUUACAAGUUAGUCGUUGUGAAAUUAUCCUUUAGUUCCUGUACGACUAUGGUUUGACAAGCUAUUCGUUCCACAACAAAUCUUGUCGUUAAAAAAAUUAGCGACAAAUGUGUCGCUAAGUUACUACAAAAUUUUUAUCAGUGUGUGGUCUUCUUUGAGUAGGCUGUGCUACAGCAGCGGGGACCAUGAAAUAUGGUGGUUUGACAGGUACAACUAUUCAUGGCACAUAACAUAGGGAAAGGGGAAAAUUAGACUUUCGAUGUAAGAGUGAGUCCUAAGACAAUAAAAUUGGAAAAUACAACUUACAAUUUUGCAUCAUGUGCUCGUAACGCUCCUCCAUUGUUCUAUAUUUUGCCCUCUCAACUGCAGGCAUUGUUCUCCAUUCAUCAUCAGCAAAGUACACAGAAAUGUCAGACCAGUCCUCUUGGUCUGCAUCUUCAUCAAGUAAACUAGAAAUAGAAAAUUUUGAUGACAAUUCAAUCAAAAUACCUGCCACACUUACAAUAAAUUCAACACCAAAAGAGUUAAACCCACUCUACUUUGUUUACAGUUAUAGGGAAUGACUGUAGAUACUCACAGUUCAUGUUCUAGAGCAGCACUGUUAUUUAUAAAACUCAUCUCUCUUGCUUCUAAAUCAACAUCUUGAUGAUCAGGAGAGGGACUUCUUUCAUCAGCAAUUGCAUUAUCUUGAUCCUGUCAAUUGAAGUGCAUGACAAAGUUGAAAGAACAGUGCAGCCAGACUCUUUUUGUUAUUGUUUAGAAAUUGGCCUACCUCCCGCGAUUCUUCCCAUUUCCGAUAAAGGUGUUUUGCAGCUGCCAUGUCGUCAAACGCAUUGAUUAAUCUAAAACUAUGGUUUCAAGUAACUUAUUGGAACGUUCAAGGCGAAUUUACGAAAUCUUGCAACGAACGGUAAAGGAUCAAUUCAACCGCCAACGUGCUCUCCAGAUCUGCCAACAUAUGAAAUAGGACCUUUCCUUAUGAAACUAUUGAUUUUAAAAACAAAAUGUUUGCAAACCAUGUCGCUUCACAGCUUUAUUAUAUAUCGGUACACCACACAUUAUCGUAUUUUCUUUCGAAACCUUCUUUACAUUUCUUAUUUUAUGUCGAAUGGCAAAAUUCUUCGUUCUGUUGGUAAGUGUGUCUGCAUCUCAACCCCCAUCCCCUUACCCCUCCUCCCCACCCGUCCCCGUUCGCUCCACCUAGCUCCACCCUCACCCCCUCACCCUCUGCUCUUGCAGUGUGCCUGUCUCUGGAGGCGUGCUGUGUCGCUCUGUGCUGGAGGCCUUGUCUGUCGGUCGUGGCUGUGGCCGUGUGGCCGUGUGGCCGUGACCAUGCGUCUGUCCUCUACAGUUCUAGCCAUUUUGCUAUCCUGCCUACUUUUCGUUUCAAUUCAAGGUGCGUGAUGUGCGUUUGCUGAAACCAUUCGCGAUCCAGUUGUUCCUGCUGGCUGGCCGUGCCGUCAUCGCUCUGAUCAAUCAUCGCUCGGGGCGCUGCAACUGUCGUCAAUUUAUCUAAUGUUUAUGAACAUUUCAGGGAGGCUAAAUGAUCCAAUGGCAUCAGACAGUGAGGACAGUGAGAUCAGUGAUCUGGAGGAAGUACUAGCUGGAGAUGAGUUAUCUGAGAACGAUAUCAAUGUUGUUGAUGCAUCGGGUGAAGCAACAGGUGAAUCGCAUGGAUAUGCUGUUAAGAUUCAGCAAAGAGCAGCUGAAUUUCUGACAUUUAUCAAACAGGAAUGUGUUACUACUCAAGUUACAAUAGACAAUGUUGUGAGGGGAGUUGAUGAUCUGUUUCACCUUUACAACAAAUUUCUCAAGGCCCGCAUUUUUGAACUCUCAGAGACUGACUUAGUGAAGAAACAGGAUAUAGAAUCACUCUUCGCUUACAUGAAUCAACAAACCAUUUUUGAGGGUGUCCAAACCAAAUACAGGCUGGAAAAAUAUCAACGCGCCAACUGGGAUGCUCUGGUUCCUGAACAAGUUGUAUAUGCUUGGAAGAAAAUACUGCUUCAUGGCAAGGUUCGGCAGGUUCCUGCUAAGUUUGGGUAUUAUGUGGACUUCUUAAAACAGUUAGAAUCGAUUCUUCAAUGUAAGGAUAUCUUAAAUUGUGUGGACAACCCCAAGCCUCCAUCAAGUAUCUUCAAAUCUGCUUUAGAUGGUUAUGUAUACCAAAAUCAUCCGGUUGUACAAAAGCACCCCAGCGCUAGCAAUAAUAUUUUACUUGGAUGAUAUCAAAGCCGGAGAUUCUUUGUCGUCCUUUACAAGUCUUGGGUUGAGAAAUUACCUGUGGUCACUUGCCAAUAUUUAUCCCGAGGUCAGAUCCUCAGUACGAGCUAUCCAGCUACUUGCUCUCUCGAAUGCAAAUCAUGCUAAGGAAGUGAAGAAUGCGUCCAUUCUGAAAAACUUCAUUGAAGGCAUCAACAAAUUGAGCAGUGAAGAGGGAGUCACGUUCAACAUCAAUGGGGUUCCAAGAGUUUUACAUGGGUUUUUGUUAUUUGUAAUAGGAGACUACCCAGCCUUGGCAAACAUUGGCGGCUUUAAGGAGUCUGCCUCAUUUGCCUUGAGGUUCUGCAGACAGUGCAUGGUUACUCAAGGUGAAAAGAGUGAGAAGUUUGAGGAAUCUCAAGUUGUCCUGCGCUCUGCUGAUACGCACCUACAGCAGCUUGAUGCCUUGGAGGGG